CGUGACUAGCAGCGAGAGCCAAAUAGCAACUACAAACAUGGCGGCGUGUGACGGGACAAGGAUAACAUGACACUUUGGAUAUGCAGUAAACAACGGGAUAUAUCGCGUUGUUUUAGGAUACAGUAGCUAGUUAGCGCGUAGAGACAUCAACAGUUCAUUAUGAAUCGUUACCAACUAACGAAACAGCUGGGGGACGGCACGUACGGUAGCGUGCUGCUUGCCACCCAUAUCGAGACGGGGGAGAAAGUAGCUGUCAAGAAGAUGAAGAAGAAAUACUACUCCUGGGAUGAAUGCCUCAGUCUGAGGGAAGUCAAGUCUCUCCGCAAAUUGAACCAUCCCAACAUAGUGAAGCUGAAGGAGGUGAUUCGGGAAAACGAUAUGCUGUACUUUGUGUUUGAAUUCAUGAAGGAGAACCUCUACCAGAUGAUGAAGGACAGGGAAAAAUUGUUACCUGGAUCAGUUGUGCGAAACAUUAUUUAUCAAGUCCUACAGGGAUUGGCGUACAUGCACAAACAAGGAUUUUUCCAUCGGGACUUGAAACCAGAGAACUUGCUUUGUGCAGGCCCAGAAUUAGUAAAGAUAGCUGACUUUGGUCUAGCUCGUGAGAUUCGAUCUCGUCCCCCAUACACAGACUAUGUGUCCACACGAUGGUACCGGGCCCCUGAGGUGUUGCUUCGCUCAACUAACUACAGCUCCCCCAUCGACAUCUGGGCCCUCGGCUGCAUCAUGGCCGAACUGUACACCCUCCGACCACUAUUCCCUGGCAGCUCUGAGAUUGACCAGAUAUUCAAGACAUGCACAUGUCUCGGGACCCCGUCCAAGGAGGAGUGGCCAGAGGGCUACCAGCUGGCCAGUAGCAUGAAUUACCGAUUCCCACAAACUGUACCGGUCAACCUUAAAUCACUCGUCCCAAGUGCUGAUAAGGAUGGCCUUGACAUAAUGGCACGCAUGUUAAAGUGGAACCCGUCACAUCGACCCGGAUCAAGUCAGUGUUUGCGACAUGCCUACUUUCAAGUGGAUCAGACACUGGGUGUGUCCAUGGCUUCCAGCAGACCACAGGUAGCCUCCAACCACAGCAGCCAUACAACACAGGCAGCACAUGCAGUACAACCUGCACAAACUCGCAAAGCCUCAAUAGACAGCAUGGGAGGCCCAGGCAUGGGAGGACCCUCCAACUACAAGGACAAGCCAAUCAACCCCUCUCCUGGCCCCUUUGCUAUGACUGUCCCUCGGAAACAACCCGAGCGGAAACGUUGGGGCACUACCAACAUAUCAGAGAAGUGGGAUGACUGGGACGACCUUGACUUUUCACUGCCAAGCAAGAAGCCAAUUGCAGCAGUCAAACCAAAGUACAAGGAGCCUGAGAAGGCUAUUGAUGAAUUUGAAGAUGAUUUUCUUAAUUCUAUUUUGAGUAAGUCUCCCAGCAAACCAGCUGUUCCAACUGCAGGUCGACGCAUGAACUCUGGAAGGUCGUCCGCGCGGUCUGCCAAACAGCACUACUUGAGCUCCUCCCGCUACCAUCCUGGUUUAAAUCCCCUCAACAGUGGCAUGAAGCGAAAUCCCCUGGGAGCAAUCACUCGGCCCAAUCUAGACAGCGGAUUGAAGAACUUCAGCACACCAGCAAGGAAGGAUUCAGGGGGCGGCUACAUGCCAUCAUUUGGUCUGUCCAGUAAACCAAGCUAUGCAGGCAGCAACGUGAGCUGGAAGAGAGCCCAGCCCACUCCCAUCAGUAACAACCCAGGGUCCAACAUGCGGCAACCCCUGGCUGGACCCGUGCCUGGACGCACAGACUGGGCUGCUAAAUACCUGAAAUCCUGAAGUCAUGUUUCCUUGGGGAGAUAAUCUCACGUCUGUUGUCAGAGAUUUGAUGGAGAUGUUUUCAUUGUGACUGUGAUAAGUUUUCUCUUUGUGACUUGUGGACUUUCUAAGCCAUGUCAUGGACAACUUGGAUGUUGGGAUGGUCAUCAGUGUGAGGUCAUUCUUGCUCUAGUGUAUCGACAGUUUGUGUAUUGGCUGUCUCAGGGGCAUACAUUUGGUAUGGUGAGGCAUGUUUUGUAUCAUUAAAUGUCACCACCUUGAUCACGCAGUCAUUAAAGAGGGGACAGCAUUCAGGACUUGAUGUUUAGGGCAAUCAUAGUGUAAAUGAAUCACCAUUUUAGUCCAUAUAUUGUUAAUUAUUGCACUUGUUUACCCUAUGUUAAACAUGUAGAAUUUCAAAUAUGUCCACAACUUACAUUUAUAGAAGUAUAUAUACUCGCAUUCAUGGUAAAUCAAAGAAACUGCACUAUUUUCCCUUUUUAUAUAUUACAUACAGGUAAAUGUUGAUGGUGACAUUUCAGCAAACUAUUUUCUUCCACAUUUCCAAAUUAGUUGUCAGCCAAAGAUAGAACUUAGAAGAGUUGUCUCCCUUACUGCUGUGGUCUUUUCUCAGGUCUCAAUGGCCGCUGGCAUCUGUUUCACUGUCAUUGUAAUCAUUAAAACAUCACUGUGAUAUAUGGUGAUCAAAAUCAUGUGUUUAUUUUCAUAGUGUACGUGUUUGUGGUUUUCCUUAUGUAACCUCAUUUUCUCUGAUUAAUCCUGCCUUUCUCUGCAUUAUGCCAACAUGAUUUAUCCAACCAUUAAUAGCUGGUUGUGGAAAAUAUCUAAAGAAUACCUGACAAGUCUUCACGACAUGUGCUAGUCUCAACACCCAGCUUUAGUAAUUCUUUCGCUAUUGAGUAUUUGUUUACCAUAGAAAAUCAACAAUCAUCAAAUACAUAGCUAAAGUGUUUAAAACAUUAUAUUUUUUAUGUGUUUUAUUAGAUAAGAUCUUAUCAGUUAUUUCUGAUAUUGCUUUAUUUGAUCAAUAAAUAACAAAAUAUGUGUUUUUUUAUUAGAUAACCAUUUUACCUGUAUAUAACUUGUAUUUAACCCCAUGUGUGUUGUGGGGAGUGUACAGUGUUAGAUGGUGAUCACUGUUCAAGGAGGAUGGGGAGUGUCUGAUUCAGAAUUUGGGUCAUUACCUGUGGGGCGUGAGCAGCUGAUUGAUGAA